CUCUUGACAGACGCAGUUCACCUUGACUCCCUCACUAGCAACCGCUUCACAACAUUCACAACGGUCUGUGGCCCCUUUUAAAAUAUGGAGCGGUUUCCUCCUAAAUUUAGCAAAGUGCUGGUGACACCAGACCCGCAGUACAUCCCAGGGUAUGCAGGCUACUGUCCUCAGCUGAAGUAUCAUGUGGGCCAGACUUAUGGUCAGCUGACAGCAAAGCUUCUAACUUCGCCAGACGUGUCCCACUCACAGAGGCUUGUGCUCCAAACCAGUCCCCUCUCAUCCACAGAGAAGGAAAGAGCAUCCCGCAGUCAGAUCUGGUGGAGCAGACAUGGAGCCAGCAGGAACCUGGAAACAAUGAUCCCGGGUUACACAGGUUUCGUCCCAUUGCGCCAAAACUACAUCUGCAAAACAUAUGCAGAGACCUGUCGAGAUGCUCUGUCAGAAUUCAACCAGGAGCAAGCAAAGAGACUUCACAACGCUUCUGCUGACCUGUCUUUUCCUGUCAACAACAGUGUUCCGGACUUCAGACCUAGACGGUCAAACAGCCCUCUGAUAGCCCUUUCUAAAGAUCCAGCUCCAUACAAGGCCCCUGACCCCUGGAAGCCACCAGGCUCGCCGUACUUCAUGGAGGACAGUAGCCCGCAUAAGUAUUUCAUCUCAGGUUUUACUGGUUAUGUCCCCAAAGCCCGGUUUCUCUUUGGUACUGGAUAUCCCACCAUCACCAACAAGGCAUUGAUCCAGUUUGGGAAGGAAAUGAAGGCAGGUCCGACAUCUCUGCAGAAAUAUAGCCUGCAGGAGGAGGAUUCCUCCAGCUUACCUCUGAUACCCACAAUAUACCCCUCCAAAACAGGUCUCCUGCCAUCCUACACAGGGCACAUACCAGGAUACAGAUUUCAGUAUGGCCAUACAUUUGGGCAACUCACCCAUAAUGCUCUGGGUCACACUGCUUCACAGAAGAAGAACACAGGAGCAAUUAGGCUGAGCUGAAGGUCUAACAGUUCACACACAAUCCACCUAAGGACAAUUAAAGUAAUAUGGGUCAACA